GUAAAAUAAGCUUUGCAAACGUGGGCGGUGUCUACAAAUCAAACUUAUGAUUCCUUCGAACAAGUCAUGGGUAUAAUCGGUAAAGUAAGUUCUUGCAAAUUGCCAAAAGAUGCUAGAACUUUGCUAAAAAUCAACCGCAAUCGCUCUUCGGAAAUUAUUACCGUGCAAGGUGGACAGUAUUGGUAUCGUGGGAUUCAAAAUUGCUUCACUAACGAGUUAAGCGAUGUAAACUUUGAAGCUGAUAAAACAAUUUUACUGAACGUGUCAAUAGACGGAUUGCCGAUUGCCAAAAGCAACAAUCUACAAUUUUGGCCUAUUCUAUUUAACAUUCAUGGAAUGCCGGAAAUACCAGUCAUGCCAAUUUCAAUCUAUUGUGGAGCAACAAAACCAGCCAGCAUAGAACGAUUUCUCCGACCUUUUGUAGAUGAGGUUAAUUUUCUCACAAAAAAUGGUGUGGUUGUAAAAAACAAGAAGUUUAACAUCAAAUUACGUGCUAUUAUCGCCGAUUCUCCUGCAAGAGCUUUUAUAAAAGGUGUUGCUUAUUUCAACUCGUUAGAUGGCUGCUUAAAGUGCACUUCGAAAGGAAAACACAUCAAUGGAAGAAACGCAUACUCGGACACCGCUGGCCCAGAUAGAACACAUGAAGGUUUCAAAAACCGAGCUUACGGUGAUCAUCACUAACUAGAUUCACCUCUUUUGGAUUUAGAUGAGUUUGACAUCAUCAUACAAAUUAUUGUGGCAGAUUCUCUGCAUUUGAUAGAUUUAGGUAUAACAAAAAGAAUGCUGAUGGCCUGGAUGUUUGGUAUGUUUGGUGUAAGAAAAAAAUUAACACCUACACAAAUCAACUUUAUUACAGCUAAGUUACUUAACAUCAAACUUCCUGCUGAGAUCCAUAGAAAAUUUCGUCCACUUUUUGACAUCAAACAUUGGAAAGGAUCAGAGUUUGCUUCAUUUUUGUUUUAUGGUUCAUUUGUCGUUCUUAAGGACUCAAUUCCUGAAGAACAAUAUAAUCACUUCAUGCUGUUUUUUGCAGCAUUACAUUGCUGUCUACAGAAGUUUACAAAGAGCAUUGGCCAUUAGCAAAUAAGUUACUUCAGCUUUUUGUAAAACUGUACAGUACACUAUAUGGUCCAGAAUAUAUAUCAAGUAACGUACAUAAUCUCUUACAUAUUUUCAAAGAAGCCGAAAACUUUGGCCCCAUUAACACAAUCUCCUCAUAUGAUUUUGAAAAUGAGCUUCAACAUUUAAAAAAAUCAUUACGAAGCGGGGGCAAAUGCUUGGAACAAGCUAUAAAUAGAAUAACAGAAAGCGAAGCAUAUCAUACGCACGAUACAAAUCAACAAAUUACUUUUCCUUCUAUUCAUCUUCUUGGAGAAACAGUUACUCUUCAUAUUCGUAAAGCUUUCUGUUUAAAAAAUGAUCAACGCAACGAAUGGUUUUUGACAAAAUCAGGAUAUGUUUGUCAAUUCGGUACAGCAAUCAUGCAAGACGGAGUACAGUAGGUGACCGCUAACUGGAUGUGUUUUAACUGGAGUGCUUUUUAACUGGAGGUUCGCUAACUGGAGUGAUUCUCAGUUAACGAACACUUAAACGUCAAAACAUGAAACAUCCGGAAUCUCAUGAAGAGAAAUUUGUCGCAAAUAUGCAUUUUUCAAAGAAAUUUAGGGGUUUUCACCUACGUUUGCUAUUAAUUUAUGUUAUUACACGAAUUACUAUACUUUAUAUCAACAUAAAUGAAAAAAAAUUUGGUAUGUUUAUUCCAGCCCACGCCAAUCAAAACAAUCAAUCCAUAGAAACGUCACUCCAGUUAGCGAACAUUGUUCGUUAACUGGAGCUUGUUUACCUCUCAGUUAGCGGUCACCUACUGUAAUAGAAAUAUCAGCAAAAAAGAUCAUUUACUCGUCUAGUAGUUUCAGUUAUCCUUACGAUUCUAAAAUGAUAAAUAUUCACCGAGCAAGUACUAAUGAUUUAGAAGAAAGUUUUUUUAGACUAGGAAUCAGCGAUAUAAAAUGUAAAUUAGUUGCGGCACCUCUUGCUCAAGAAGAUGCAUUCGAUUUCGUUCCUUUAAUUCACACAUUAGUAAUAUGAAAUAAAUAAUAAAUAUUUGU